GUAGUGAGUAGUUACCAAAUACAGGCGAGACGCCAAUCCGUUCUCAACCAACUUCUCCAUCUUUCCAGUCUUUUCCUUUAUUUCUUGGAGGCUCUUUCAGUCUCUUCCCUUCUUUCACUGCAUCAGAGAGAGUGUCUGACCAAUUCCUGAAAACAAAAACCCUUAUCAAGAAUCAAGAGUCGAUCAUCAGCAGAGUGAAACUUUACAGUUUACACACACGCGCACACUCAGAUUUGCGUCAAUGGCGGCCAUCCCCUUUACUGCUAUGGCGAGCGUGGGUUCGACUGUUUCCAGUUCGUCGGCUACAGCCCCACGAAGCAUCUCACAGUUGAAGGUUAUAAGCCCUUGCUGUAAUGCUUCUAAAUUGCGAAAAUGGUCGGCGCCGUCUGAUGUUUCUUCGCCAUCGGUCUUCUUCUCCGGUUCAUUGCGUCUCGUCCCUCUAACGUCGUCUUCUUCGUUAUUCUCUUUUUCUAAGAGGAGAACUGGCUUCGUUAGCUCCGCUCGUGCCGCAGCUCAGGACGCGGGAUUGCAAUCAAAAGUCACUCAUAGAGUGUAUUUUGAUAUAAGCAUUGGAAAUCCUGUGGGUAAACUUGCUGGGAGGAUUGUAAUAGGAUUGUUUGGUGAUGAUGUUCCCCAAACGGCUGAGAACUUCCGUGCUCUGUGUACAGGAGAGAAGGGCUUUGGGUACAAAGGUUCCACAUUCCAUCGUGUAAUCAAGGAUUUCAUGAUUCAGGGAGGAGAUUUCGACAAAGGAAAUGGAACUGGAGGCAAAAGUAUUUAUGGUCGAACAUUUAAAGAUGAGAACUUCAAGUUGGCUCAUGUUGGACCGGGAGUAGUCAGUAUGGCAAAUGCAGGGCCAAACACCAAUGGAAGUCAAUUUUUCAUUUGCACUGUCAAGACACCAUGGCUGGAUCAGAGGCAUGUUGUGCUUGGGCAGGUUUUGGAAGGCAUGGACAUCGUGAAGUUGAUUGAGUCGCAAGAGACUGAUAGAGGGGAUCGUCCGAGAAAGAAGGUGGUGAUCAGUGACUGCGGUGAACUUCCAAUAGUCUAAGAUUCCACCCAUUAUAAAGGGGUGCUCUUGGGCUUUUGGACGCCGGAGGCUUUUCUGAUGUAUGGGCUUUAAUAACCCUGAGUUUUGUUUUCUUGUAUUCUGAAUUCGGAUACAUAUGAACCAGAGCAUGAUCAGGAUGAGAAUACCUUAUUUUUGUCCUUUCCCUUUUAUGCCAGACAAUAUUCAGGCUUUGAGCUUCCAUUGCGAUUGUACAAAUGAUUCUAAGGAUUACUUAUUUGAAUUCA